GUCCUCGGGAUCAGCGAGAUGUCUGUCAGCUAGCUGAACUCGAUUGUUCAACGUCGAAGCGGUACUUUUAGUUGAUGAUUUUAUCCCCUUUGUGAUUGAACAUCAUGUCGCUGUUAACAAAGCCCAAGACAGAAAUGAGCCAAGAGGAACUGGCUAAGAGAGAGGAAGAAGAAUUCAAAACUGGUCCCCUCUCUGUCCUCACUCAGUCUGUCAAAAACAACACACAAGUUCUUAUCAACUGCAGAAACAACAAGAAGCUACUAGGACGUGUCAAGGCGUUUGACAGACAUUGCAACAUGGUCCUUGAAAAUGUAAAAGAGAUGUGGACGGAGACACCCAAAGCAGGAAAGGGCAAGAAGAGAUCAAAACCAGUCAACAAAGAUCGAUAUAUCACCAAGAUGUUUCUACGCGGUGACAGUGUGAUCCUUGUUCUCAAGAACCCCCUGGCUACUGCCAAGUAGAAAACUAGUUAUCGCACCUUGUAAAUAUUGGCACUGGUAGAUCAUUUCACUACUACUGCUAUGAUACAUUUGGACUUUGUGAUCAAGAAAUGCUAUCUACUAUUCCAAAGCCAACAAAAUGUUCCUUCUUGGAUUUUUGUACUGCUUUUGUAAUGCUUUCGUAAAUUGCACACGUCAUCUAUUUUUCUGGAAUAUUCCUCAAGUAUCUGGUCUGAUCUUGUGGCAUUCUGUAUAAUUGUUUCACAAAUUAAUGUUUAUCCAUUUGUAUACAUUCUUUUGAUUCGGAAACACAGCAAUACAUGUUUGCCGCAUCCGAUGGCUUUCAUCGAGUCGAACUUGAUGCUAUUCCAGUGCAUGAAUGUUCUGUUUAGCUCUGCGGAACAAAUUAUAAACAAGACCCAAACUAAAUUUGAGUGGACAUCAUAUCGGUAACUGUAAAGGUACAUGUAGUUGAUUCAACCAUGCUCAAGUGAGAGCAAUGUAUUCUCAAGAUGCUUAUGCUUUAUAUCAUGUGUACCUUUAUGAGCGGUAUAUUUUCUGUUUUCAUCUACAAUGCAGCAGGUGUACUUCACACUCUACAAAACAACAUUAGAUUCAUGUCCAUCACUCUUCUUUUCUUAGUAUUAUAGUUGGCACCACAAGCCAAAGCUGAAUGAUACAUGCCAUGUCGAGUAGUGGAAAAUAAUGCAAGUCAGGUUAUAUAUAUGAUAGCUCAGUUGGCUGAGCGGUGUUCUUGUAUUCUUGACUAUCAAGAUUGGAAACUUAGUUGAUGGACUGGUGCCCCUUGAUAAGAAUUCAACUCUCUCAGUAAAGAUAUGGGGAAACAAGCAGUCGAGUAAUAUGACUAAAACUUUCAGAAGUCAAAACUUUCCCAUUAUUUCCUAGUGGAUUAGUAAAAAAAAAUCAUGAUAUUGUCUACAUGUUCUGAGACUUGAUUCUCAUAUUUUCAAUCAGUUCUAAUGAUUUUAGACAACCUAGUGUGACCCACUAUUCAUUUAUUUUCCUUUUUUUUCUUUAUUUUUUAAUUUUGUGUACAGGUUCUUUUACUUAAAAUAUUUUAAUUUUGUCUGUAAUCUGUAGACCAUGUUCAUGUUAAAGAGUUGUGAUUGACUCAUUGAUAUUCUGUUAAUAAAUGGCAUUGCCAAUUUGUACAUUC